GAACGAUUCGUUUGUGAGUCGGACAGGACUACGUUGGAGAACCAUGGCGGUGCAACAAAUGACAUGGUUGAGGAUCUAAAUUACACACAGCAGAAGAACCGGCGCCCGUAGACAGCGAGAUAUCCGUGAAGAUGAGCGCGGGGACUCAAUACAAUGUAUCAGGGAGACUCUGAAGGGCCAUUGUCCGACUGAAGAUACACGGACCUAAAAACAUACAGUUUUAAAGUAGUACAUUUUGAGAGUCAUUGAAAAUAAGAUGAUCAAAGCUGAGAGCAAGGGUGAACGCACCCUGCGGAGCGCGUCCCCGCAUAGAAAUGCCUACAAGUCGGACUUCCACGCCAUUAAGUGCUCUUUUGAUGGGACCAAAUCCGACAGCGAGGCCAAAUCGUAUGCUAAUGGGGCCAGCGACCCUAGGGAGGACUCCAGGGGGAGGCCGUUUGGCAACAGAGUGAACAAAAUCAAGAAUAUCUUCCUGCAAAUGGAUGGCCAGCAACCUCAGGAGAGCCAGGAUGCUUCUCCGGUAUCCCCAGUAUCUCCAGUGUCCAAGUUUGCAGUUAACACCAGCAAACCAAAUAGUGCCAACAGCCAAGAAUCGCAGAACACUGACAGAACUCCAAAAGCAGAGGAAGUGGAGAUCGAUAAAGUCGCCCUGGCGGAGAAAUUCUCAGUGACCAGAAAGCUCUUUGAGAGAGGCAUUAAAGAUCAGCCUGCUACAGAAAGGCUGAUCCCUGGAAGAUCGUCGACACGACUGUCCCAUGGGAAAGUUCCCGAUGAGGGGGUUCGUGGGUCCAGGAGAUCCUUUGGAUCUUCAGAAAACAUCAACACCAAUAGUGCCAUUAAAACCCCUCCAAUAUCACCUGUGAGGAGCGUCUCAGAUGAAAAGGGCAAUGACGAGUCCAAACAGGUCAACAGAUUAUCACUAAACGCCGGACCCAUUUCCAGACGACUGGAGAACUUUAUUGUGGAUGGUGAUAAUAAAGAGUCAACGCAGGUGAUCCCUGAGAAAUCGAGCAGCCCUAUAAGAGCAAGUUUCCAAAAAACAAGCUCACCUGCUACUGAUUCAACACAGAAACCCCUGAACGCUGACUCUUCACCCAAACCAUUCUCGCCUACAUCCGACCCAAUAUCCAACAUCAGCCCAGUUUCAGUCAAACUAUCCUCCUCGUCCAGCACUGGUGAACUUAAUUCGCCGUCCACCAAUCAUAUCCCGUUUAAACGUUCAUCAUCAUCAUCUGGGAGUGAUUUGGUUCAACCAUCCACCACCAACGAAUCCACAACAGAUCCCAAAUCACCUAGUAGUCCCUGUAAACCGUCCUGGAGUCCGGAGGAACCCAAAAGUGAGAACCACAUAAUUGGCAGUUCCUCUCGUGAGCAGUGUUUGGACCCUGCUGGAGCAGGAGUGGUGCGGGCUGAGCUGGUGGUGGUCCAGAAUGAAUCCUCAGAGAGCGAAGAUGAUGAUGAUGAUUUAUUGGAGGAUGUUAUGACUGAGGUGAAGCUACAAAGGGAACUUAAAUCUGAGGCACCAGUAGAUGAUGUGAAUCACACAGGAGACAAAUCCCCGGAGAAAAGUGUGUGUUUAUUAGAAGAGACCAAGAACAGGGAGUCGGAUCAAGAAGAAGAGGUGGAGGAGAGCGUACAGAAGAGGAGGAGUAGCUGUCAUGAAGAUGAUGAUGAUAAUGAUGAAGAUGAUAAUGAUGAAGAUGAAGAAAGCGAACAGGAGGAUCCUGAUGAGUGUGGGAAAACGUCUCCGGUGUUUUAUAGUUUUGAGAACGCAGCGUUUGUGGAUGAUAAGGAAGCGGAAGCGGUUGAGGAUAAACAGAAGGAUGAAGAUGAGGAAUAUGAUGAGGUUCCUGGUUUGUCAGAGGAUGAGGAACGGCCUUCAAGAAGAACCAUCAGAUUCUCCACUAAGCCGAUACGGGUGUACAGGACCUUCUCUAAUGAAGACUAUGACCGCAGGAAUGAUGAUGUGGAUCCCGUGGCGGCGUCUGCGGAGUACGAGCUGGAGAAGCGGGUGGAGAAGAUGGAUGUGUUUCCUGUGGAGAUUGAGAAAGGUGAUAAAGGGCUGGGGAUCAGCAUAAUUGGGAUGGGUGUUGGUGCAGACCAGGGUCUGGAGAAACUGGGCAUCUUCGUCAAAACCAUCACAGAGGACGGAGCUGCAGAGAGAGAUAGCAGGAUCCAGGUGAACGAUCAGAUUGUGGAGGUGGACGGCAUCAGUCUGGUUGGUGUGACGCAACUCUUUGCUGCGACCGUCCUCAAGAACACCAAGGGAUCUGUCAGGUUUCUGAUUGGCCGAGAGAAGCCAGGGACUCAGAGUGAAGUGGCUCGGCUGAUAAGCGAGACCCUUGAGCAGGAGCGACAGCAGCAACAGGGGGACGACACGUACGAGCAGUCUACUGAAGAGGACGAGCACUACGAGGACGAGGAGGAAGGGGGCGAGGAUGGCAUCCUGGGUUCCAGCUUCUGCAGGAGGAAUGUGGAAGUGUACGAUCUGCCCGAAAGUGAGGACAUGUUCCUGCCGUCCAACAUGGACACCACGCAGCUAACGUUCAGGUUUAAAGAGCUCCAGAUAAAGCACACCAUCGCAGAAGCUGAAGUGGAUGAACUGAAAGAGAGAUUGCGGGAGUCCUCAGAGGAGCGUGCGGCGUGGGAGGCCAGAGAAGCUCAGUUAGAGAGGAGCGUUCAGGAGAACUCGGAGAGAAUCGCUCAGAUGGAGAAGAACUGGCUGGAAGCUCAGGCCCUCUGCAAAAGCAUCAACGAACAGCUCAAUGACACGCAGAGCCAGUAUGAAGCGCUGGAUAAAAAAUACAGCAAAGCCAAGAAACUGCUCAAGGACUAUCAGCAGAAAGAGGCGGAGUUUGAGCAGAGGGAGGAGGAGUUGAAGAGGACUCUGGAUGAAAAAGAGAGCACAUAUAAAACUCAGAUUGAGGAUCUGCAGCGGAGGCUGGCGAAGCUUGAAUCUGGCCGUGGUCAUAAUGAGUCUUCGUUGUCGGGCAGCAAGUCUGCAGAUUCACUUCUGCUGGCAGGAGCAGACUGGAGUGAGAUGGUUCCCGAGACAGAGCGUUUAGACACCAGCGCUCACCGUGCAAGGGCCCAGCUGGCCCAGAGAUCCAAACGACAGCCUCCAUCACGCAGUAAACUCAAGGAGACCCUCAGCUCCCCUGGCGGACAUCCACAGGGUGAUGAUGAGAGCGAGUCAUUGAGUCCCGAGUCUCCACUGCUUCGCAGGAGAUCCUUCCAGGAGAGUUUGUCCCUCCCGGUGGUCAUUUCUUCCUCUACAAACCAACUCAAGAAUGAAGGAUCUGCCUUGAGCAGCAGCCAAUCAGGGCAGAGGGAUCCACAGAGCCCCGCCCUCUCUUCCCCAAAAGACUCCUCCCCCUCGAGCUUCGCACGCAACGUAAAGAAGAGAGAGUCCAAAGGGAAAGGCAAAGAGGUCAAAGAUGAAUCUAAUGACGCAGCUGGAAAAACCAAAAGAAGAUUCCCUGAUUUUGGUGGUUUGAGAAAAUCUGGAGGAAAGGGGAAGAAACUAAACAAAGAAUCAACAAGAGCAUCACUGGACAGCAGGGGUUCUGCAGAGUUACUGGAGGAGUCGGGGGUCCGUGUUUCCCCCUCAGAGUCCAUGACUUCCAUCCCCACCUGCAUGCCCUUCAGCUGGUUUGGAGAGAAGGAUAAAGAGCGGGAUAGAGAGCCAUCAUCCUCGUCCAGCAGUCUACCGUACGCCACUGCAGACGCCAGCAUUGAACACAACUCCAAAAACAAGACAAACCUCUCCUGGUCCUCUCUGUUCAGUCGCUCCUUAGAUUUGAGUUUGUCAGUUCUAGACGACUCGAACCCCAGCAGUCCUGCGUCCGAGUUUUCGGGGCUGGUGGUGGAACCCAACCUGUCAGGCCGCUCUCAUACGCUAACCUUCUCGUCCAGCGAGAUGUUGGAUGAGGAGUCGUGUUCUGGAGGGAAGGAUUAUCAUUGGCAGAACCGUCCGGUCUCUGAUUGGACAUCCCAGCAGGUCUGUCAUUGGCUGAUGGGGAUGAACAUGGAUCAGUACACACCUGAGUUCAGCACACAGGCUAUUGAUGGACAGCAGCUCCUCAACCUGGACAGCGACAGGCUCAAGGCUCUGGGCGUGUGCAGUCAAACCGACCGAGCCACCAUCAAGAAGAAAUUGAAGGAGAUGAAGAAAGCCCAGGAGAAGAUGGAGAAACAGAGGGAGAAGCGGGAGAAAGAGGCCAGACGCAGCGGACGCCUUCCAGCCAGCACCGACUCCGUGUGCUGAUCAAACAUUUCCUCACAUUAAUGCUCGACACACACUCCAAACUGUUCCCACUUCCUCAGAACACACACACACACACACACACACACACACACACACACACACACACACACACACACACACACAUAAACACACACACCAGCCAGUCUACAGGAGAUACUAGAAACAAACAUGGUCAGUAACUCAUUAAUAACACUAUCGAAGCUGCUUAUGAGAUCUACUUUACACCGAUAUGAGCUGAAUAUUGAAUUUAUGUUAAAAGAAACACUCAUUUUACAGUUAAAUAGUUGAGAUUAAACAUCUUUAAAUCUGUUCAGCCAAUUUCUGCAUCUGACAGGAGCACUUCUAGCUUAGCUUAGCAUAGAUCAUUGAAUCGGAUUAGACCACUAGCAUCUGGCUCCCUAACUAUUGAGGAGUCAAGCUUUAAAUAACAAAAUUAUCAAAACUUUUUUGAAAUUUCAAGCGAGAUGCUAACGGUCUAAUCUGAUUCAAUAAUCUAUGCUAAGCUAAGUUAAAAGUGCUCCCGCCAGAGCCGAAGAUCAGAUGAAUGAAUUCAAAAGCGGUCAUAUUGAAAGGAAGACUCCACUUUUUGGGAAAUAGGCUCAUUUUACAGUUAGUUUAGAUUUUGAAGUCUGUUCAGCCAAUUUCUGCAUCUGACAGGAGCACUUUUAGCUUAGCUUAGCAUAGAUCAUUGAAUCGGUUUAGACUAUUAGCAUCUCGCUUGCUAAUUAGACUUCAAGCUUUAAAUAACAAAAUUAUCAAAACUUUUUUUAAAUUGUUGAGUGAGAUGCUAAUGGUCUAAUCUGAUUCAAUGAUUUAUGCUAAGCUAAGCUAAAAGUGCUCCAGUUAGACCCAAAGAUUGGCUGAAUGGAUUAAAUAAUGGUCAAAAAUGGUCCUAUUUAAAGGAACACUCCACUUUUUUGGAAAUAGGUUCGUUUAACAGUUAAAUAGUUAAGAUUUUGAAAUUUGUUCAGCCAAUUUCUGCAUCUGACAGGAGCACUUUUAGCUUAGCAUAGAUCGUUGAAUCCGAUUAGACCAUUAGCAUCUUGCACGCUAACUACUGAGGAGUCAAGCUUUAAAUAACAAAAUUAUCACAACUUUUUUUUACUAUUUUGAGCGAGAUGCUAACGGUCUAAUUUGAUUCAAUGAUUUAUGCUAAGAUAAGCUAAAAGUGCUCCAGUUAGACUCAGAGAUCGGCUGAAUGGAUUCAAAAAUGGUCAUAUUUAAAGGAACACUCCACUUUUUUGGAAAUAGGCUCAUUUGACUUAAAAAGUGGAGAUUUAACAUUUUUUAAUCUGUUCUGUCAGUUUCUGAUGGAUGGGAGCACUUUUAGCUUAGCGUAGCAUAGAUCAUUGAAUCGGAUUAGACCAUUAGCAUCUUGCUUGCUAACUACAGAGGAGACAAGCUUUAAAAAGAGAAAUUAUUAAAACUUUUUUGAAAUUUUUGAGUGAGGUGCUAAUGGUCUAAUCCGAUUCAAUCAUUUAUGCUAAGCUAAGCUAAUAGUGCUCCUGUCAGACCCGGAGAUCAGCUGAAUGGAUUCAAAAAUGGUCAUAUUGAAAGGAACAAUCUACCAGAGGAGGAGUCAAGCUUUAAAUGAUCAAAACUUCUUUUGAAAUUUCGAGCGAGAUGCUAAUGGUCUAAUCCGAUUCAAUGCUCUAUGCUAAGCUAAGCUAAAAGUGCUCCUGUCAGACCCAGAAAUCGACUGAAUGGAUUCAAAAAUGGUAAAACUCAACAGUUUAACUCUGUUGGAGAUGUAAAAUGAACCCUUUUCCCCAAAAAAGAAGUGGAGUAUUUCUUUAAGAAGAGCGUUUACACACAAAACUAUAUAUUUUAAUCAGUAUUUUGUCUGUUGUUUGUUUUUAAAAGAAAUGUAGACAUCCUAAAAACUGAGAAUGUUAUAAGACAUGCCUUAAACAUCAGUAUAACAUUAAUAUAUUAGCAUUUUCCAGUGUAAUAAGCACAGCUAAUUCAUAUAAUCAUUCAUUAGUGCUUCCAAAAUCGUCAUUUCAAGAAUGAUUCGAAUGUAAAACGUGACGAAAUACUGAUUGAGAAAUCUAUAUUUUUUGUUUGAUUGUGUUGGAAUAUCAUCAAAGAUGAUGAAUACGGCUGUUCAUAUCGCAGACCAAAAUUUGAUUUGUUUUAAAUGUAUUUUAUGACCACUGUAGGGGCUCGAAUUGCUAAGGGAUAUAUAAAUAUUUAGAUGCCUAUAACGUUUGCCGCUAAUGUGGCACGAAUAGUGCUUUUAAAAAGAUUUCAUAUUCUAUUUUUAAGAGUACUCGUAAUGCGAAACGGGUCGUUUUGCUGGAACUUUGUACAGUCCGAGUGAUAUUGAGCACUAUAUAUUUUUACCGGAAAAAAGGGGGAGCGUGGUUUAUAAAUGUACAAAUGAAAUAUUUUAUACACAACUAUUAGCGUAGCUUUAAGGGAAAAAGAAGUAUGUUAACUUUUGUACACGUUUUCUACUAAGUAGAAUAGCUUGUUGGUUAAAACCAUUUUGCUAAUUCUGUAAACCCGAGAGUGAAACUCAGUGUUUGAUUUUGAUCAGUACGUUCUGUUGCUUGUUUUAUAUUGGAGCGUUACGGCUUUCAAGCGCUGGAUGUGGCACAGAAAUACAGAAUUGUUACAAGCUGAGGCGUAGUUUUAUUGUUACUACAUUGAGUUUGACUAGCGGAGGGUGUAAUGAAUACUGGAUUCUCAUCUGACUGUCAAAAUGCCACCUGUGAUCACGUCAUCAUCUGUCUGUGUCCUGUGGGAAUAUUUUUCUGUGUCGUAAUAUAGAUGAUUUUGAACAGAAAGAGUGUAAGACAAAAAAAAAAUCAAGCUUUCUAUCUGGUACAAAGUGCAUAAGCUGCAUAAAUAAAUGCUUCCACCUCUUGUA